UCCAAACAAUAACAACUUAUUGUUUUUUUAUUUUAUUAAAUUAACGAGUUUUAUGAAUAAUGUUUAUGUCGUAAAAUGGCUAAAGCGUAUCCUUGGAAUUGCUGCAGGUUUUGCCUCAGUGAACAGUCUCUGCACCAGAUAUUUACACGGGCGGAGCACAGUGAAAAAUACUCUAAUGUGAUACAAGCAACUACGGGUGUAAAAGUAGAAAUAAACGACUCACUACCACAAAAAAUGUGCACAGCAUGCAUUGAAUUCAUUAACGAAACAUUUAAAUUCCAAAAACGCUGUGAAUAUGCACAAAAUACACUUAUAAAAUGCAAUUUGGACGGCAUUAAACCUGAAUACAUUUCUAAUAUAAAAAGUGAACAUAGAAAUACUGAAAUAGAUAUAUCACAGAUAUUACCUGAUGAUGAUUUUAAAGAUUACGAUGAUAAUAUAACUUUAGAUAUAUUAAAUACAUAUGAAAACUGUAAAGAAGAACAGAAUCAAACUGAUAGUAAACCAACUAAAACCAUCAAAAAUAGAAGUAAAAAGAAUGGCAGUGUGAAAACAAAAAGAACAGUAAAGAAGACAGAUGAAGAAGGCACACAGAAGAAGGAAGUGAUUGAAUGUGAAUUUUGUCAUAAGAUAUUAACAUCAAAGCUCUCAUUACGGAACCAUUAUAAAAUACACACCGGAUUUGAUGUUGUUUGUGAGCAUUGUGGAAAGAAAUUCAUUACUCGCCGUCUCCUGCUGAUGCACUGUCGAGCUAAACAUGGCUACGAGAAGACAGAUAAAUGUUCUUUCUGUGACUAUAAGGCUUCUAACGCUGAGCAGGUUAAGAUCCAUGAGCGCUUGCACACUGGGGAACGUCCGUUCUCAUGCCAGCAGUGCGCUGCUGAGUUCCACCGUAAGAGCAGCUACUUGCAGCACAUCGCAAUACAUCUGCCGGAGAAGACUGUUCAGUGCAGUCAGUGUCCAGCUCGCUUUAAGUCACUGACUCUGAUGCGUAUCCAUUUGCACCGUCACCGAGCGCCGCAGUACGCGUUCCGUUGCGCGCUCUGUGAGGGCAGAUUCUCGCGGCGACGGAACGCGGCCCGACAUCUGCAGCGUGUACACAGCGCGGAGCCCCGCCCAGAACAUAUACAGCGGGUUAAACUCACAUGAGAGGUUCAAGUGACUUGACCAUAGUUACUAUGUUAGUCUUGACUGGGACCCCCCAAAUUCAAGCUAGAUUUUGGGGGUCUUGAAGUAAUUUUGGGGGUCUUGAAGUAAUUUUUGCAGUCGACUCAUUUUGGGGGUCUUGAAGUAAUUUUGAUGGUCGACUAAUUUUGGGGGGUCUUGAUUACUUUUGGGGGGUCAGUAUUAAUAGAUUUUUUUGUCUGAUGAUUUAGAUGACUUUAUGAUUUGCAUUCCUGUUAUAUAUCUUUGUAGAUUUUGAAACUCUUGUAUUAUAUACAGAUAUAAAAACAUUUUUUGAUGUGAUAUAAGUUAAGUUAUUAAACCGCCUGAAUAAUUGAUUAUACAUUUUU